AGUCGGUGUUGUUCCGAUGUUGUGGUUCGCGGACGUUCGGAUCUAUUCUUUGUUCAUCCGAAGAUCGACAGGUUGUUUGACGUCUGCCAUGGGAAGGCGUGCGCGAACGAGCGGCGAGUGUUUCUCGUCUUCGAAUACAUACGACAGGACCUGGGACAUGUACCUGAAAGGGCUCCUUCGACGGGCGUGCCGCCGGAGAGAAUCAGGGACCUAACUGAGGAUCUACUGCGGGGCGUUGACUUCCUGCACACGCAUCGCAUCGUCCAUCGCGACCUCAAGCCGCAGAAUCUGCUCGUCACCACCGCCGGCCGCCUCAAGAUCGCAGACUUCGGCCUCGCGCGCGUCUACAGCUGUUCCAUGGUGCUCACGUCCGUCGUGGUGACACUGUGGUACAGGUCGCCGGAGGUGCUGCUGCAACAGAGCUACGCCUCGGCAGUCGACAUGUGGAGCUGCGGCUGCAUAUUCGCCGAGAUGCACAACAGGAGGGUGAUGGGACUUCCACCCGAGGCGGACUGGCCCAGCGAUGUGUCGGUACCCUACAGCUCCUUCCUCAGCGUCAAUCGCAAGCCGCUGAGCAGUCACGUUCCCGGUAUCUCCGCCGACGGAGAACGGCUGCUCUCCCGUCUGCUUGAGUUCAACCCGAACAAGCGCAGCAGCGCUCGCGACGCGCUCCGCGAGCCCUACAUCAAGCGGCCGCCAGGGGGCGCACUAUCGCCGCGCGCACCCGAGUCGCCGACGACGAGGCGGGAGUCCGUUGCCGCGGCGACGGACGCGGCGUCUGCGAGCGACGGAGAGAUGAACGUGAGCGGGGCGUCGGCUAGCGACGUCGGCGGGACCUUGAGCUCCGACGAUCCGAACACGUCUACCGAGUCGCAGAGCGCCUCGAGGUAGUGGCGCGCGUUGCCGCGGCGACGCGUCCCGUCGCCGGGGGCAUCGUCGUAGCGAACACUGUUAGGGCAUUGUCUCGGCGACCGUUGUCAGGGGCAUCGUCUUAGCGAACACUGCUGGGGGCGUCGUCACGGCAACCGUUGUCGGGGGCAUCGUCGUAGCAAACGCUGCUGCGUCAUCGCCGCUGCGACCGUUGCCGGGUCGUCGUCAUGGUGAACAAUGUUGGGGCAUCGCCACGACAACCCGGCGUUGGGUGACUCGUCGUCACGGAGACUGUCGUCGACGCAUUCGUGCACACGUGAGAUGCGUGGGGGGCCGAGAAGCGAUAUCGGUGUAGCCUCCGCCGAUCACCAUGGUUACGAAAAGCCGGCACGCGAACUAUUGCGCGAUGAUUGGUCACACCACAUUGUAACGCCACCGCCGGGGAAACCUCACGGAAACGGAAUACGUCUGCUUCUUUGAAGAAGCGUACGCCGGAGCGCGUUUUCGUAACUUUCCCGGCUGCAAUAUUGAUGCAUGCGCGCGUGCUGGACGACCGACGUCGGCAAGCAAUAAUUACUACUGCGUAAUUACAUGCGUCUAUGUACUAAUUGCUCCCGUGCCCCCCCCCCAGCCUGUUAUAGACUAGGACCAGUAGCUCGUGAACAAAUAUUUAUGAUGAUUACUGUCGGCGGUAUGACUCGAGGUGACGAUAGAACAGUCUUAUUAAAAUCUUAUAGCCGGGAUUUUUUGUUUAGAGCUAACUGCCUGCCCUUUUGUGUUUCGACUAACUGUCAUUAUUACGAGGUAAAGUCGAGUGGACGGGAAUCCUGUUAGAAUACGGUGAAUGAAGUCAUUUUUCCUGCCUCAAACAGAAUGAACUGUCGUUAGCCACUCACGGCUGCGGCUGUCAAAACAUGGCCGCGUUAGUAGUAACACAUGCGUCUAAACAGAGGAAUUGCUCCGACCUGUGAUUGGAGGAUAAAAAUAGACCCCGCCCACUCUC